AUGAGGUAUUGUUAUCCUAUUAUCUCAGGAUUAUGUGGAUCAUUAGCAUCAAUAUCAAUGUCUAAAAUAGGUGAAUGCAAAAGUUAUUAUUCACAAGGAAUGAUAAUCUUUUUUUUUAUAAUUUUAAAUAUAUUAAUGUGGUUUUUUCUCCAAAAAGCUUUUAAAUCACUUCCGACAACUAUUAUUGUAAUAUUAAUAUCAUCUUCAACGAAUUUUAUUGCAACUGGAAUAAUUGGUAAUUUGGUUGAUAAUAAACCUGCUAAAAAUUAUAUAUGGUGGUUUGGUGUGCUUUUAACUAUCACUGGAAUUGCCAUAAUUGGUAAUGAGAAGAAUAAUUACCGUGAAACAAUAAAGAAGGAAACAAAUAUGAAGGUUAACGAAAAUAAAAUAGAGUAA